GCGCCCACAUUUAGGUCCUCAUUUGUGAUGAAACCCGCCAAUUCACUGCAGGAAGAAAAGCAUACUGGUGGUGUGUGUAGUGAAGAAACUCUGCAUCCUUCAGACUUUAAAGAGCCUUCAAUUCAAAUCAUCAAGCAAGCGUGUGAAGUGUCAAAUGAGAGCUGGAUUGAACCAGCAAUUGAGACGGGGAGACAGCCUCGACAGUCUAUUCUAACUAAACCAUCAGGGCUUUCUCUGAUGCCAAUCGACCAAAAUGUGACGAGGAAGGUGAGAUUUGCUGAUCCAUCCAACAAGGAAGAAGAGAGUCAAACAAGUGACCAGAAGACUACUUUUAAACAUAAAUUGCCCAGGGCACCUAAACCGUACAAAACUAGAUAUAUUGUAUCAAAAGAGCUGGACUAAAAACAUUUUAUCGGUGUAAUUAUGAACUAA